AAAGGGUGGGGGUCCCUACCCUACAGACCCCCCCCCCCCAGUGCAGGGGAUGUCCGGGAAGAGUCAAUUCAGCUGCGUCCCAGCGCUGGGAGGUGGGAACAGGGGCCGAGGUGGCUUCGGUAGGACGAGGUGACACUAUUUGUGCCAGCGGGGACGCUGCUGGAGGGAGGGGUUUUUCCUUUUUCCCCACUUUCCCUCCCAAAAACGAGCUCCUGGGCUCAGCUAUAACGUUUCCUCUGAUGCCACCUACCAACCAACCAGCCAACCAUCCCCUCUAGGGUGUGUGCACAAACAGUUUUAUCGGCAGGAGCUGGAAGGGGUUGCAUAAGGUAUUUGUGUGAAAUCCCCAUCGUGUCUCUGGGUGGAGAGAGACCAAGGAUCCCUCCCUGGACCUUCAGACCUUCUCCACUGCUCGCAUGGUGACAAGGUGUUCCCACCUAAAACCUCAGCAGAGCAGGGGGAAAGGAAGCAGCCACGAAACCUCAUUACCCCAAAACCUCCCAUAAUCGAGCACUGCAGCAAGUCCAGAGCUUAUGCAAGGACACCAUGACCACUGAUGAGGCCACCAAGAGCGAAGGGGAGGUGCAGGCGGCGGCUCUGGCCGAGCGCGGGGAGGACAUCACACCAGCUCAGGACCGGGGGGUCCUGAAGCUGCUGAAGCGCCCGGGCCGCGCGGAGGAGUCGCCGAUGAUCGGGGACAAGGUCAGCGUGCACUACCGGGGCCGCCUGGCCAGCGGCAAGAAGUUCGACUCCAGCCGCGACCGCAACGAGCCCUUCGUCUUCAGCCUGGGCAAGGGCCAGGUCAUCAAGGCGUGGGACAUCGGGGUGGCCACCAUGAAGAAAGGAGAGAUCUGCUACUUGCUCUGCAAACCCGAGUACGCCUAUGGCUCUGCUGGCAGCACCCCCAAGAUCCCCCCCAAUGCCACCCUCUUUUUUGAGGUGGAACUGCUGGACUUCAAAGGGGAGGACUUGUUUGAGGAUGGAGGGAUAAUCCGGAGGAUCAAGAGGAAAGGAGAAGGUUAUUCCAACCCUAACGAAGGUGCUACGGUGGAAAUUCACCUGGAGGGCUUCUGUGGUGGCACCAGGUUCGACUGCAAAGAUGUGAAGUUCGUGGUGGGCGAAGGGGAGGACCACGACAUCCCCAUCGGCAUCGACAAAGCCCUGGAGAAGAUGCAGAGGGGAGAACAUUGUGUCCUCUACCUCGGGCCCAGGUACGGCUUUGGGGAGGCAGGGAAGCCCAAGUACGGGAUCCCGGGGAACGCGGAGCUGGUGUAUGAGGUGACGCUGAAGAGCUUUGAGAAGGCCAAGGAGUCAUGGGAGAUGGACACCAAGGAGAAGCUGGAGCAGGCUGCUGUUGUCAAGGAGAAAGGCACCAUGUACUUCAAGGAAGGCAAAUACCUGCAGGCAGUGAUUCAGUACGGGAAGAUCGUCUCCUGGUUGGAAAUGGAGUAUGGCUUGUCUGAGAAAGAGUCUAAAGCCUCUGACUCCUUCCUCCUGGCUGCCUUCCUCAACCUGGCCAUGUGCUACCUGAAGCUACGAGAGUACACCAAGGCCGUGGAGUGCUGUGAUAAGGCACUGGGACUGGACCAGGACAACGAGAAGGGUUUGUACCGACGGGGCGAGGCCAGGUUGUUGAUGAACGAGUUUGAGUUGGCAAAAUGUGACUUUCAAAAAGUGCUGGAAGUGAAUCCACAGAACAAAGCAGCCAAAUCCCAGAUUUCUGUUUGCCAGAAGAAAACGAAGGAGCACAACGAGCGGGACCGGAGGAUCUACGCCAACAUGUUCACCAAGUUUGCAGAGAGGGAUGCCAAGGAAGCAGCCAGCAAAACUGGGGUUGAGAAAACAGUGGAGAAAGCAGCGUGUGAAAAGGGACCGAAAGCUGAAGGUGAAGAGGCUGAAGGACACGUAUGAUGGAGGGAGAAGGGGAAGGGAGAACCUCUUGCCCUUGGCCCGCCAAGAAAUAGGUUGCUGCCAGAUCUUGGGACUUGCCAGUGUUUUCUUGUAAAGCUUGUUACAGUUUGUGUGAUCGUGGAAGCAAAAAGCACCUUGCAAAGGGGGGAAAAAAAACCAACGCACUUGUCCCCGGGCGCCGAGCGGGAGCGGUGGGGACACUGUGGGACCACUGCCCAGGGAGCAAAUGGCUUUUGAAGGGAGAGAUAGAGGGGAAAAAACCAACCUACAGAAAAGCCCACCAAAAGAAAACAACAAAACAAAAGAAAAAAUAAAGGAAAAUUGAAACUC